GACCUUUCAGUGUGACCCCGGUAGGAGUGCCAGUCAGGCUGCGAUGUGAUCGCGUUUCUGUGGCAUAAGGAGUGUUUUUCGUCGCGAUAAAAAGCUGUAGGUGGCAUCAACAAUCUUUCAGGACGUUGGCAAUUGGUUGUUCGUCAGAUUUCGAAUAAAAGAUGAAUCCGGAUGACACUGACCCUACUACAGACAUGUUGCAGCUAGAGUCUCACAUCUGCAACCAUGCAAAACCCUUAAGUUACAAACAACAUGGCUUACAGUUAGGACAAGAUUAAAAGUGAGCUUAGACAAGACAAGGUGGCCAUAAGAAUUGAACCCAGUCAAGACAAGAUGUCAACCAAAAGUGAGUCCAGACAAGGCAGGGUGGCCAGCAACUGCAAGCCAAGUUGGGACAAGUUGGCCAUUAAAAUUGAACCCGGUCAAGACAAUAUGGCUUCCAACAGUGAGUCCAGUCAGGACAAGAUUGCCACAAACUUUGAGUCCAUUCAGGAAAAGAUGGCUACAGACUUGGGACCCAGGCAUGACAAGAUGGCCAAAUUGGCCAUUAAAAAUGAACUCAGUCUAGACAAAAUGGCUGCCGACAUUGGCUACAGAGCAAGUAGCAAGAGUGCAAAGGACAUGUAUGAUAUAGAUCAUACUGGAGAGAAACCCUCUUCCUUCAGUCAAUGUGAGAGCAGGCCUAAUGAAGAGAGUAAUUUGGGCAGCCGCACCAAGACUGGGAAAGCAAUCCUUGUGUGUGGGGAGUGCGGGUACAGGACAGACCAUAAGGGCCACUUUGGCAGGCACGUCAAGACUCACACAGGUGAGAGACUCUUCGCCUGUGAAGAAUGUGAGUACAGGUCGAACCAAAAGUACGCCUUACAAAGACACAUGAAGACUCACGCAUGUGAGAAACCGUCAAUAACGUGCGGGAUGUGUGGCUACAAGACAUCCAGCAGAAGCCUGAUGGUGAAACAUAUGAGAACCCACACAGAGGAGAAACCACACGUCUGCUUGGAGUGUGGGUACAGGGCCAGGUACAAGAGUGGACUCGCCGUCCACUUGAAAACCCACACAGGUGAGAAACCCUUCGUGUGCGUGGAAUGCGACCACAGGACGGGCACCAAGGACGCACUGAAGAAGCACGUUUCUAGAGUCCACACCAGCGACAACAUGCUGACGUGGAAGGUAUGUGGCAAUAGCUAUCGGGCAAGCAUCAACACACUCAGUCAGAACAAGAUGGCAGUCAAGGGAAAGAUGCAUAUGGCCACCAAUUGCAACAGUGAGCCAAAUCAAGACAAGAUGGCCACCAACGGUGGGCCCAGUCAGGACAAGAUGGCCACCUUCAGUGAGCUUAGUCAACAAAAGAUGGUUGCCGACAGGGAGCCCAGUCAGAACAAAAUGGCCACCAACAGUGAGCCCAGUCAGGACAAGAUGUCCACCAACAGGGAGCCCUGUCAGGACAACAUGUCUACCAACAGUGAGCCCAGUCAGGAUAAGGUACAUGUGAGAAUUAGAUCCUCCGGUUACAGUAGAACUCCCACCGGUGAAGACCCCUUCAUGUGCGGAAAAUGCGGGUUCAGGACAUCCAUAAGUGACGAACUGAGAAAGCAUAUGAAAACCCACACUGUUAAUCGUACAAGCACGGUUCACAAACAACGCGACGUGCAAGGCGAGAGUGUAGCAUUCGGUGAUUUAAAAUCCCAGUCUGCGGAAGAAUGUUUCACGUGUGGAAUUUGCGGGUUCCGGACACCUUUCAGUGGUGAAAUGAAGAAACACGAGGUCACUCACACGAAACCGUUCAUUUGCGGAGAGUGCGGGUACAGGGCAGGUCACCAAGCCAGGUUAGACGCACACAUGAGAAAGCACACGGGUGAGAAGCGCUACGUGUGCAAGCAGUGUGGGUACAGGGCCAGCUGCAAGAGUCGCAUGAUACGACACCUCAAUACUAAAACGCACAGAGCUGAGAAGUAUUUUGUCUGUAAAGACUGUGACUAUACAGCAGUUAGCAAGUACACGUUGGAGAAACAUGUCUCCAAAGCGCACGCCUGCAAAAAUAUGCUGACAGGGAAUCUUUGUGAUGAUAUAGCAGUCAAAAAGGGCCAUACAACCUGUCAGGACAAGAUGGCCGCCAACAGUGAGCCCAGUCAGGAUAAGGUGGCCGCCAACAGUGAGCCCAGUCAGGACAAGAUGGCCACCAACAGUGAGCCCAGUACAACCAAGAUGGCCACCGACAGUGAGCCCAGUCAGGACAGUAUUGCCACCAACAGUGAACCCAGUACAGACAAUGUCAUGCUUCAAUGCAGUCAUCAGUUCUGCAAAUUCACCACAACAGACCACCAGCAUCUCGAAUCCCACAUAUCCAAACAUGCAUCUCAUCACAAGACUAAUAAACCAUUCAAAUGUGAUGAAUGCAGCUACAGAACGUCUUCAAAGUACACACUUGAGAAACGUCUGAAAACUCACGAUCACGCGGAUGUUUUAUCUCGGAUAAGUGCUGACAAACCUUUUAUGUGUGAGAAAUGCAGUUACCGGACCUCACUGAAAAGCUCUCUGAGGAAGCACCUCUUGAUCCACACCAAACCGUUCAUAUGCGGGGAGUGCGGCCACAGGGAGAUCUCCAGGAGCAAGCUGGAGGCACACAUGAGGAUCCACACAGGAGAGAAACCCUUCUCCUGUGCGGAGUGUGGGUACAAGACGGCUUUCAGGGGCAACCUGGAGAAACACUUGAAGACCCACACUGGUGGGAAACCCUACACGUGUGAGGAGUGUGGCUACAGGACAACCAUGAGGAGUAUGAUGACCAGGCACGCGAGGACUCACACAGGAGAGAAACCGCCUGACUGCGAGGUAUGCGGGUACAGUGCAGUCGACAAGAACGACUUAGAUCGGCACUUGAGAAUCCACACGGGCGAGAAACCGUUCAAGUGCACAGAAUGCGGCUACCAGGCAGCGCAGAGGAGUGCGUUAACCAACCACCUGCGGACCCACACAGGGGAGAGGCCAUACGCCUGUCCUGAAUGUGACUACAGGGCAGCCCAGAAGAGCGCAUUGAGAAACCACAUGGAGAUCCACAGGGGUGGGAUACUCUUCAUGUGCACAGAGUGCGGCUUUAGGGCAGCCAACAAGAACACGAUGGUCGCCCACAUGAAGACCCACACUGGAGAGAAACCCUGCGCUUCCGGGGAAUGUGAGGAUACAGCAGCUCAGGAGAGUUCCAAAAAAUAA